AUCAUAAUAAAUGAAAUGUGAAGAGGAAAAUGGAAAUUUCUCAAUUUGCUUUUCCAAUUUCCAUUAUUUUGUGUUGAAUUUGCCAUUUCCAUAAACAAAAAUUUUACAUUUUCAAAGUCUAACAACGACAUUACUUUUCCGAAAUGGGCGAUUUGAUAAAAAUCGGGCAAAGGGUCGAAAUCAGUGCGAAAAACAUUCAAGGUGUGAUAGCGUUCAUUGGGAAAACGAAUUUUGCUGCUGGAAAAUGGGUUGGAAUUAUUCUUGAUGAUGCUAAAGGGAAAAAUGAUGGGAUAGUACAAGGUGUUGAGUAUUUUAAAUGUGAACCCAAUCAUGGAAUGUUUGUAAGAGAAACACAGAUUCAGCCAUUGGAUGAAGAUGGAAAACCAAUUCCCGCAAAAACCUCUGAAAUUCCCGCUUCAAAAAUUGCUAGAUCACGUCCUAGCAUGUCUGCCUCUAGCAGUGCUGGAAUGAAAACUCAACCUACAGUCUCUAGAAUGUCACUGGCUAGUAGCAGACAGUCUCUGACAAGCAGCAGACAAUCUUUGUCUGAAAGUAAACAAUCAUUGUCUGGAAGUAGACAAUCAUUGUCUGGCAGUAGGACACAUUUAGCAUCUGCUGCUCUAGAAAAACCGCUGGAAGGAGCUAUGAGCGAAUCUUUUUCCCAAAUUCCAAAACGAGCAUCUUUUAUUGAAACUGGAUUUGUGGAAACACUGAAGCCCCAAUUCACUCCUGGAGCCAUGAUUACUACACCAACUCCAAUUACUUCGAUAGAAGAAAAACUUAGCCAUUUACAGCUACAGCAGGAGCUUGAAAAUAGAAGUCAACUAAUAAAGGAUCUGAGUGAAAAAAUUGAAACACUUAAAAUAAGACGACAGGAAGAUAAGGAGAAAUUAAAGGAUUAUGACAAACUAAGAAUUCAGUUAGAACAAUUGGUUGAGUUCAAGUCGAAAAUCAUGGAAGCCCAAAACAGUCUUCAAAGAGAGUUACAACGUGCCAAGUUAGAGGCUAAAGAAGCGAUUGAAGCUAAGGAAGCUCAUGUUGAAGAAGUUGCUGACUUAGCUGAAGCUGUGGAAAUGGCAACGUUAGAUAGAGAAAUGGCUGAGGAAAAAGCUGAAACAUUGCAAACGGAACUAGAGGCUUGUAAGGAAAAACUAGAAGAAGUUACUUUGGAUUUGCAAAUUUUGAAAACUGAGAUGGAGGAGAAAUCAUUAGGUACUACUACAGCUACUACUAAUGAAGAUCAAGGAAUCUCAGCCUACGAAAUCAAACAGCUCCAACAGCAAAAUGCCCGUCUAAGAGAAACCUUAGUAAGAUUAAGAGAUUUAUCUGCCCACGACAAACACGAAUACCAAAAAUUACUUAAAGACAUUGACCAGAAAAAAUCUGAAAUCACUGAGCUCGGAAAAACCAAGGAAAAACUCAGCACAAGAGUCGAAGCUAUGGAACAACAAAUAUCCGAUUUACAAGAACAAGUGGAUGCAGCCUUAGGAGCUGAAGAAAUGGUUGUAAUAUUAGGAGAGCAAAAAUUAACUCUAGAAGAAAAAGUGGCGGAAUUGGAAGAGGAAGUGACUGAGCUAGAAGCUUUACAAGACAUGAACGAUCAAUUGGUUGAAAGUAAUGCCGAACUAGAAGCUGAUUUACGUGAGGAACUUGAUAUGGCCAUGUCAGCAACUCGAGAAGCCCAAAGGGAUCGAGACGCCGCUUUAGAAACAAUCGCAGAUCGUGAAGGAACUAUUAAUAAAUUCAGAAAUUUGGUGCAACAGUUACAAGAACAAUCACUCAACUUGCAACAACAGCUUGAAACUGAAACCAGUAAACCUAUUAAAUCUUUACCAGAAAUUGCUGAUUUUAAGAAAAUGUUCAGUGAAACCAAAGCACAUACCAAAGCAAUUGAUUUGGAACUUAGAAGAGUUGACGUACAACAACUUCAACAACAUAUUAGAUAUCUCAGCUCUUAUAUGCCUGACUCAUUUAUGAAUCGCGGAGGAGAUCAUGAUGCAGUUUUGAUUCUCUUGUUAAUCCCAAGAUUAAUUCAUAAAUUGGAUAUCUUGUUGGGCCAAAUUAAAGAUAAAUUUCCCGUUGCCGAAAAAGUGGACAGGAAUAUUAUUUUAAAAGGCCACACUGUCGAACAAUAUUCUUUUAGGUGCCGAAUGUCGUACUUUAUUUUUGCUUUACAGAGCAUUCUUCAUCAAUAUUAUUACUCUCUCAAUACCUGUAAACCUGAAGCACUUCUCAAAGUAGGCGCAGCAUUUCCAGAAAUGGCAGCCCAGGAAAAAGUGAUAGACGGAUUUGUCGAUUUGGUGAAACGAGAUCAGCUUGAUGAGAAUGUUGCUUUAGAACCUUUAGAAAAAUGUUUCCAUUAUUUUAAAAAUCUAUAUCCGGUUAUGUUGGGCACUGAAGCUAAAUUGAAUCAAAAUCAACUUAUAACUGAUAAUAUUAAAUUAUUGCUGAGUGCUGUGGAUGGUUUUACUGUUGAUGCUAGUGCUAUAAGAAGUCUUUGUGAGAGUGCAACUGUUGGCGAUAUCUGUCUACUAUCCCAGCAUGUGAUAACAACAGCAGAACAGCUCCAGCAACAAUUAAAAUUGGCAAAAAGACGCCUUCCUACUGAUAUAAACAUAACAAAUUUGGGUUUCGACAAGGAAAUCUACGAUACAUUGAAUCAGUGUUAUCAACAAUCAGGCCGGAUCUUGAAAACCAUCAAUGAAAUUGCGAAGUCCGCUACACAGUAUCUGGCUACGAGCGGUGAAAACGAUAAUAAAGGUUUGUCAGAUGAAAAACUAAAAGACAUUGCUAUGGCUGCCAGUGAUAAAAUAUACGAACAAGACGAUUUGGGUCCAAUACAGAGCAUCAAAAAUUCCAUUUCUUGGCUUUUGACACAAAUAACAAAUAUAUCCAAAGUGUUACAGGAUAAUGAAUUACAAUUUAUUUCGAAUAAGGAAGAAAAAGCUAUACCACCUAUUCAAGUGCGGGCAGAAGCUGUAAAAAAAGAAUUAGAACAAACCAAAACUUUAACAAGCAAAUUGGAGAAUAAAGAAUCUGAUAUAAAAGAUCUUAAGAAACUUGUCAAAGAAAAACAAGAACAAUUAUCUGAAAUGACAAUUAGAAAAGAAUUGGCUGAGAAGAAGUUAGGCAAUGUUAACAAAGACUAUGAGUUAACUAUUGAAAAAUUACAAAGGAAAUUGGAAGAAGCUCAUAAUCAAUACAAAAAGAAGGAAAGAGAGUUUGAAGAAACCUUGGAUCAUUUGCAAACCGAUAUAGAUUCCUUGGAAAAUGAAAAAGGGGAAAUGAAGGAAAAAAUGAAAAUGCUAACAAAAAAAGCACAAGUUGAAGCUAAAAGCAGUAUGCUAUCGCCUUCUUUACAAUCUUCAAUGGGGCCAAAUAUCCCUGCUGUCGUUAGGGAUUCUCCAUUGUUGCUACAAGAAAUUGAAAAUCUACGCAAAUUGUUCCAUCAGGAACGCAACGAGCGCAUUAAACUUCAAAACGACAAACUCAAACAACAAUUAGACAGUAUGACGCCCUUACCUUCAUUUAGAAGUACGAGAGAUGAAAUGAUUGAGGAUUUGUUCAAAGAAGGGGCUGCAUUGAAACAAGAAAUCCUAAUGUCUUUGGCAAAGCCAGUAUUUCCGCCUAUCUAUAAAGCAAAACCUGGAAACGGACAAGCGGCAUGGUUGCGUCAUUUUGCCGACGAGCAAAACCGAAUUGCAGACUUGAAAAUGCGCGCUCGACAAUUCCAGGAUAAAGUGGCCAGAGAGACUGUGCGGAGGAAAUAUGGUGGACGCAUCGAUGCCGAUUUCAAUGUGUUUCCUACCAAAGAAAUGGUCAAGGCAAUGAAAGAAACCGAAUCAGUGAAUAUUGGUUUUGUUAAGAUUCCAAAAUCUCAGUUGAGUAGUGAAGAAAAACCAGGAAUUGUCAAUUUAGAAUUAGAUUUUGCCAAUUUACAAAAAAUUCUACAAACCCUGUGCUAAGUAUUUAAUUGUAAUUGUAGCUUCAAUAAUAUUAACCGCAUGAGCUUUACUUUUUUAAUAAACUUAGGAUCAAGGCUAGUACCUUUACUAAGUAUUGUUCUAUUUUGAAAAAAUGUUUAAUUUUAUGUAAUUCUGUUUUUUUAUUCUUGUUUAUUAAUAAAAUUAUUUUUUACAAACUGCAAACAUUCUAAGGCCAAUAUUCUUUAGCCCUCCUUCCCUUAUGUCUAGGUAAAUCUGGACGUAACGCUCUGGGAAUAUAUUCUGGUAAUCGAGCAUCCAAUGUUCGUGUCCAUGGCUUCUCGAAGAGUUCGAAGAAUCGCCUUUUCUUGUCCAUAAGUCUGGUCUUGUGAUCAACUUUGUAUAUUUUUUCCCAGGCAUAAACCUCAUCUAAUUCUUUCAGUCUUGGGCGAUUGGAGGUAAGGAAUUUGUAUUCUUUU